ACCAUGGACCUCAGUGCUGGUACCUUGGAAAUAGUUGUGUGUGCUGUUUUGAUCUCCCUCAGUGUGGCUGGUAAUCUAGUGUUGAUUUAUUGCACAAGGAGAUGCAUCGGUGAGCAUUUGCGAAUCUCAUUCGUACUUAUUUUCAAUCUUGCAUUUGACCAUAUUGUAAACAACUUGGUAGUGAAUGUCUUGAAGAUUGUUUAUGCCUCUGGUGUUGGGUUGGAUUCAGCCAGCUGCAAAGUUCUCAUGUUCACAACAAUUUUUACUACUUCUCUUGCCAUAUGGUUCACAUUAUACAUUGCUUUGCUGUACUGCCUUAAAUUGUGUCGAGUGGUGCACCCUCCAGUUGAAGCUGCAAGCACGAACCAUCGGAAGUGUCACCUGGUCCUAGUUUUUGCUCUUUGGGUUGCUGGUUUUGCAGUUUGCUCUCCGGUUUUACCAUAUACAGAAAGGGCUGGAAAUCUAACUGGAGGAAAUGAGACUUAUCAGCAACACAGCAUCUUGAACUAUUCUGAAUGUAAGACUGAAUAUAGAAAUGAACAACUAGAGUUUUUAUAUGGAAAAAUAUUUCUAGUAGCUAUUGAUCUUCUCCCAUUGACAAUUUUACUCCUCGUUGGCUUCCGAAUAGUGCAUCUCCUUUGGGAACAUAGGAAGGCAACUUACGGCGGCAUAUGGAUUGGAGAUGACGCUACUGAAACCGAGGUCCUCAGAGCAUGUAAACUUGUCCUGGCAUUAAUAUUUCUUAUUACUUCAUUCUGGACUUCUUACUUUGUCCUAAUGCAUUGCUUGAAACAUUUUAAUAUGUAUUACUUUGCACCACCAGUCCUGACAGUUCUUCAUUCAGGAUAUUCAGCUGUCAGCCCUUACCUCCUCAUGUUCAUUAACUACAAAAUAAAAGUGAAGGUGGGAUCUUUCUGUUGCGAAAAAGAGAAGAACACAGUGUCUCCAACAGCUGUGUCUCCAUCUGUAGAAGUGUCUCCAUCUGUAGAAGUGUCUCCAUAUGCUUAG